CGUGUUUAACAGGUCACCAACUGGGGGUAGUAUAACGAGUGUAUCACAGGAACGACGUGAGGGUUAUCUGAGAUGAGGCGUGUCAACCCCUUCGCAGGGGGCCGGGCCGGGCGUAAGCGCUCAGUCACCGGUAGCUGUCCCUGUUCACGGUCCCGGGGCGUCCACCAGCAGCCGCCCCCGAGGGCCAGUGGCGAGGCCGCGGCCCAGACAAGGGUGGGGAAUCCCCAACCGUGAGGCGCCGCGCCAGCUCCCUGGAGGGAGGCGACCUGCACAAGGCCGCUUUGUCCAGGUUCUCGCCGCGCCCGGGCCGGGCCACCUGGACCAGGGCCGGGAGGGGAACGGGGCCUCCAGGUGCGGGUCGGCUCCGGGCAGAUCACAGCCGGCCCCGCCUCCUGUCCCCAGAGCAGGUGUCCUGAGCCCCACGGCCCGGCAUUCCUGCCCCCUCCCCCUUACCCCGCAGUGCUCCUUUUGAUCCUAGGCCCCGGGUCGCGGGGCCCCGCCCUCGGGGUAGGGGUGAGGUUAGAGGAGACGGGGCUCCAGAGCUGGGAAGAGGGGGAUGGGCCUUUCAGGGGGGGCUGCUCCCGCUCCCUCCAACCUAAAACGGGGGUUCCCGGGUUCCUCCCGGGCUGGGAGCAGUCGUAUGCCUGGAUAGGGGGCGGGGUCAGGCCCACGGGGGUCUCCCCGCCCCUUCUUCGAAAGCCAAGCGGAGGUGAAACCUGAACCCAGGUUGGGGGCAGGACCGGCUCCUGCUGGGACGGGGCUGGCCUGCACCCCGCCCCCCGCCUCCACCCUUUACCCGCCCCUGGGCCGGCGUCUGGAAGCGCAGGGCGGAGGCCCGGGAGCCGCUGGAGCAGGGCCCGAGAUGGAGCCCGCAGCCCGGGGGCGCGCCCCCCCCUGAGAGCCCCCACCAGCAGCCAUGCUGCCCCGAGGGCGCCCCCGGGCGCUGGGGGCCGCCGCGCUGCUGCUGCUGCUGCUGCUUCUGAUCGGAUUCUUCCUGUUCGGCGGGGACCUGGAGGGUGAGCGCCGCGAGCGGGGUGGGCGAGCGGGGCCCCGGGAUCCUUCCUCGCCCGCUGACGCCACGUGUCGGUCCCCCCCCCUCCACCCAGACGGGCGGCUGCGGGGGGCUGCUGUCCACGGCGGAGAUCUGUCGGGGAACUACCCGGGUCACAACCGCUCGGCCUGCGUCCCGCGGCGGCAGCUGCCGCCCAAGUGCGAGCUCUUACACGUGGCCAUUGUGUGUGCCGGACCGAAAUCCAGCCGAGAUGUCGCCACCCUGGUGAAAUCCAUGCUCUUCUACAGGAAAAAUCCGCUGCACCUUCACUUGGUGACUGAUGCCGUGGCCAGAAACAUCCUGGAGAUGCUCUUCCACACGUGGAUGGUGCCCGCUGUCUGGGUCAGCUUCUACGACGCUGAUGAGCUCAAGCCCCAGGUCUCCUGGAUCCCCAACAAGCACUACUCUGGCCUCUAUGGGCUGUUGAAGCUAGUGCUGCCUGGUGCCCUGCCCCCUGACCUGGCCCGGGUCAUUGUCCUGGACACAGAUGUCAUCUUUGCCUCUGACAUCGCGGAGCUCUGGGCACUCUUUGCUGACUUUUCUGACAAGCAGGUGAUUGGUCUCGUGGAGAACCAGAGCGACUGGUACCUGGGCAACCUCUGGAAGAACCACAGGCCCUGGCCUGCCUUGGGCCGGGGAUUUAACACAGGUGUGAUCCUCCUGCGGCUGGACCGGCUUCGGCAGGGUGGCUGGGAGCAGAUGUGGAAGCUGACGGCUAAGCAGGAGCUCCUCACCCUGCCCGCCACCUCACUGGCUGACCAGGACAUCUUCAAUGCCGUAAUCAAGGAGCACCCAGGGCUGGUGCAGCCUCUGCCCUGUGUCUGGAACGUGCAGCUGUCGGACCAUACGCUGGCCGAGCGCUGCUACUCUGAGGCAUCUGACCUCAAGGUGAUUCACUGGAACUCGCCAAAGAAGCUACGGGUGAAGAACAAGCAUGUGGAAUUCUUCCGCAGCCUCUAUCUGACCUUCCUGGAGUACGAUGGGAACCUGCUGAGGAGAGAGCUCUUUGGGUGCCCCAGCCAGCCCCCACCUGGGGCUGAGCAGUUGCAGCGGGCCCUGGUACAACUUGACGAGGAGGAUGCCUGCUUUGAGUUCCGGCAGCAGCAGCUCACUGUGCACCGUGUGCACAUCACCUUCCUGCCCCAUGAGCCACCAUCCCCCCGGCCCCAUGAUGUCACCCUGGUGGCCCAGCUAUCCAUGGACCGGCUGCAGAUGCUGGAAGCCCUGUGCAGCCACUGGCCGGGCCCCAUGAGCCUGGCCUUGUACCUGUCAGACACAGAGGCCCUGCAGUUCCUGCGCUUCGUCGAAGCCUCGGCUGUGCUCUCCACACGGCAGGAUGUGGCCUACCAUGUGGUGUACCGCGAGGGCCCCCUCUACCCUAUCAACCAGCUCCGCAAUGUGGCCUUGGCCCAGGCCCUCACGCCUUAUGUCUUCCUCAGUGACAUUGACUUCUUGCCUGCCCUCUCCCUCUAUGACUACCUCAGGGCCUCCAUUGAGCAGCUAGAGCUGGGCAGCCGGCGGAAGGCGGCUCUGGUGGUGCCAGCAUUUGAGACCCUGCACUACCGCCUCAGUUUCCCCAGUUCCAAGGCUGAACUGCUGGCCUUGCUGGACACUGGCACCCUCUACACCUUCAGGUAUCAUGCGUGGCCCCAGGGUCACACACCCACGAACUAUGUCCGCUGGCGGGAGGCUCAGGCCCCCUACCGUGUGCAGUGGGCAGCUGACUAUGAGCCGUACGUGGUGGUACCCCGUGACUGUCCCCGCUAUGACCCCCGCUUCGUGGGCUUUGGCUGGAACAAGGUGGCCCACAUUGUGGAGCUGGAUGCACAGGAAUAUGAGUUCCUGGUGCUACCCGAGGCCUUCACCAUCCACCUGCCCCAUGCUCCAAGCCUUGACAUCUCCCGCUUCCGCUCCAGCCCUACCUACCGCCACUGCCUCCAGGCCCUCAAGGAUGAGUUCCACCAGGACUUGUCCCGCCACUAUGGGGCUGCUGCCCUCAAAUACCUCACUGCCCUGCAGCAGCCACAGGGUCCUGCCUAAAACCCAAGCAGGCACAUCCCUGCCUUGACUCACACACACACACUCCCUGCCGCCUCCCCUGCCAUUGCUGUUUAAAUUAUUUAAGGUCUCUGUGGGAAGGGCUGGGGUGGGGCCUCUGGCGUGGGUCCUGGGGUCCUCCCCUUGCUGCUAGUCUAUGGCUGGGGUCUAGUCUCCCUCUGCCCCAGCCAGUUUGGGGCUGGUCCCCCUAUCUCAACUCUGUAUAUUCCUUUUUCAUAAUUAAAGUUUUAAAGACUC